AUGGCGUCGAUGAAGGACAGCGACACCGGCCUGUGGCUCCAUAAUAAACUAGGAUCAACGGACGAGCUUUGGGCGCCUUCUAGUAUUGCUUCACUCCUCACAGUUUCAGUUAUCGACAAUAUACGGUUGUGUUUUUCGAGUUUGUCGCCUCCAGUGAAGCUAAAACUCUUGCUAGGGAUGCUGCAUCUUCCCAGGCGGACUGUUGACGAGAUGAAGGAGGCCCUGUCCGAGAUCAUCCAGCUGGCCACGGUGGACUCUGAGCCAUGGGUACUGAUGGUGGCAGACAUCCUAAAGUCUUUCCCUGAGACGGGCUCCCUCAACCUGGACCUGGAGGAGCAGAACCCCAAUGUACAGGACAUCCUGGGGGAGCUCCGCGAGAAAGUGAGUGAGUGUGAGGCGUCAGCCAUGCUCCCUCUGGAGUGCCAGUACCUGAACAAGAGCGCCCUGACCACACUGGUGGGCCCACUCACGCCACCCGUCAAACACUUCCAGCUGAAGAGGAAGCCCAAGAGUGCCACGCUCAGGGCAGAGCUGCUGCAGAAAUCCACAGAGACAGCUCAACAGCUUAAGAAGACAGCGGGAGUGCCUUUCCACGCCAAAGGAAGAGGCCUGGUCAAGAAGAUGGACACCACCACACCCCUGAAGGGGAUCCCCAAAGCCCCGUUCCGCAGCCCCACCACCCCCAGCAUGUUCAGCCCCCCCAGCAACCGCACACCCAUCGCCCCAGCACGGACACCCCUGCGCAAGGAGAGGGGGGUCAAGUUGUUAGACAUCUCAGAGCUGGAUAUGGUGGGAGCUGGUAGAGAGGCAAAGAGGAGAAGAAAGACUUUGGAAACAGAGGCUGGGGAGAAAGCUGCUAAAGAGGAGGCUGUGGUGGAGAACGCUACACCAGACUAUGCUGCUGGACUGGUAUCUACACAGAAACUGGGUGCGUUGAACAACGAGAGCGCCCUGCCGUCUACGAGCUACCUGCCGUCUACCCCCAGUAUGGUCCCCUCCUCCUCCUACAUUCCCAGUUCAGAGACACAGCCAGCGAACGCAGGUGGUUUGGGACGUGACGCCCUGCCGUCGGGUCGCCAGCCUGAGGAGUCAGCCACGCCCGGCGCUGCCGCCACCACCACCCUCCCGGGCCAGUUCAAACAGAGGACGCCCAUGUACAACGCCAGCAACACUGCCACCAGCCCCACCGCCCCUGCCUCGCCCAGCACGCCAGCCAGCACCCCCGCCAGCAGCAACGGCCCCCCGGCCGCCGCCACCGCCACGCAGCCCGAGACCCCCACCACACAGCCCCCCCAGCCCCCGACGCCCACGCCCCAGCAGCCCCAGCCCAAGAAGAACCUCUCGCUCACGAGAGACCAGAUGUAUGCUGCUCAAGAAAUGUUCAAGACGGCCAACAAGGUUACCAGACCAGAGAAAGCGCUCAUCCUGGGCUUCAUGGCUGGAUCCAGAGAGAACCCGUGUCCGGAGCAGGGGGACAUUAUCCAGAUAAAGCUGAGUGAACACACAGAGAUCCUGCCCAAGGCAGAUGGCACGGGCAGCACCACCAUGCUGGUGGACACAGUGUUUGAGAUGAACUACUCCACAGGACAGUGGACCCGCCUCAAGAAGUACAAACCAAUCACCAACACCUCCUGAAGUGGCUGCUGGCCUGCCUGUUGGGACUAAACAUACAUACAUACAUUUUGCAUGCGCAAGCAUCAACACACAGACAAUCCUCUUCUGGUGGACAGGGACUUGUCACACACACACACUUGUGCAUACACACAUGGGCCAAAUCCAGUGCGUGAGGGGCUAGGGAGGGUUGAGUGGGAGGGAUAGGGGGGUACAGGUUAACGGGGUAUGGCUCCCUCUUUCAAAGUUCCUGCAUUGCCAGGCAAGGGUAUCCUCAAGACUUUUUUUUCCCUCCAUUGGUUUGUUUUUCUGUUUUGUUUUUGUUUAUAUGUCCCCUCAGAUUCCUGAAUGUUUGUUAAGGGGAGGGAUACAAAGUUCUACCUUAUUUUGAUAAGACAACUGUUAACACUUGCUUUACUAUUAAAGGUACAAGCAUGCCACACUAUGUCAAGAGAAAGUCGUUAUUACAACUGUCUGUGUUUUUCAUUGUGAGAAGGUAAAUAAUGGGACGUUUGCAGCUUCCUACUUACUGUCAAAGAAUGAUUUGAAAAGAACAAAGAAAAGAGCCUGAACGCAUCAGAAUAAUGUGACAGAGGGAUGAUCUGCUGUUUCCUUUGUGCUCUCUAGUUCUGUUUUGGAACAUUCUGGAGAAAGCCGUUUUUCAUCCUUACCAAGAAGGGAAGAAAAUAAAGUGAAAACAUGUUCAGAUUCCA